GGGCAUGAAGUGAGAAGUGGGAAGUAGAAGCCAGCUAAUUCCUUAGACAUAGACUCCACACCAACCUCUCUCUCUCCCUCCCUCGCAUCCCCACCUCCUCACUACUAUAUUUAUGUACGCACGGAACCCAUCUUCCUAUGCAAAAAACACACACAUUCCUCCAUAUUUGACACCUCCAUUUUUCCUUGUAAGCAAAUCCCACUUCUCUUCUUCUUAAGAAAACCCCGCGUUUCUCUGUAUAAUAGAUACAUGUAAUCUUGUGUUUGUGCGUAGAUUAGACCUCGAAUUUUUAGUUCUUGCAAAAGGGUCCUUGGUGUAUCUUUGUUCAUUAAAAGACUCUCACAUUCUCUCUCGUGUUUCUAGCUAGGCGCUCUCGCUUUGCCUUGCUAUAUAGAUUUUAGGAAGCUAAAAUGGAUUAUGGGAGGCUCGGGCCAACAGAAUCCGAUCCGGGAGAAGGAUCCGGUACUUCAUUUAACAUCAACGAGCCACAACUUGCCACGCCACGGGUUUCCCCAACGAGAAAAAAGAGAAUCAUCUUCCUUGCCAUCUUCUCCAUCGCAUUGAUAGCUGCUUCGGCCGUCUCGGCCGUGCUCCUCCUCGGGAUUCGGACCAAGGCAUCGGGUCAGCCCGACCCGAGCAGUCUUACUCACCGGAAACCGACCCAGGCCAUCUCCAAGACCUGCAGCAAAACUCGCUUCCCUAAUCUCUGUGUCAGCUCGCUCCUCGACUUCCCCGGCUCAGUCAGUGCGUCCGAGUCAGACUUGGUUCACAUUUCCUUCAACAUGACUCUGCAACACUUCAGCAAAGCUCUGUACCUAUCCUCGGCAAUCUCCUAUGUCAAUAUGGAGACACGUGUACGGUCAGCAUUUGAUGACUGCCUCGAGCUACUGGAUGACUCCAUAGACGCUCUCUCUCGCUCUCUUUCCACCGUCGCACCAUCCCACGGCGGGGGAACUGGUGGCGGAUCGCCGGCUGAUGUAGUCACGUGGCUGAGCGCGGCGUUGACGAACCAGGACACAUGCUCGGAGGGAUUCGAUGGAGUUAACGGAGCUGUUAAGAAUCAGAUGACGGGGAGGUUGAAGGAUUUGACGGAGCUGGUCAGUAAUUGUUUGGCAAUAUUCUCAUCGGCAAAUGGAGACGACUUCUCAGGAGUGCCGGUACAGAAUAAGAGGAGAUUACUGACGGAGAAUGAAGACAUAUCGUAUGAGGAGAAUUUCCCGAGAUGGUUAGGGAGGAGAGACAGGAAAUUACUGGAUGUGCCAGUACCGGCGAUACAUGCCGAUAUUAUCGUGUCGGGAGAUGGGAAUGGAACGUGCAAGACAAUAUCCGAGGCGAUAAAAAAGGCGCCUGAGUAUAGUACUCGGCGUACUGUAAUUUACGUGAGGGCAGGAAGGUACGAAGAGAAUAACUUGAAAGUUGGGAGGAAGAAAUGGAAUUUAAUGUUCAUCGGAGAUGGGAAGGGAAAGACUAUAAUCUCAGGAGGCAAGAGUGUUUUUAACAACCUUACCACAUUCCAUACAGCAUCCUUUGCUGCAACAGGAGCUGGUUUUAUUGCUCGAGACAUGACAUUUGAGAACUGGGCGGGUCCAGCCAAGCACCAAGCAGUGGCUCUUCGAGUCGGUGCAGACCAUGCUGUGGUCUACAGGUGCAACAUCAUUGGCUACCAAGACACCCUUUAUGUGCAUUCAAAUCGCCAAUUCUUCAGGGAAUGUGACAUCUAUGGAACUGUAGAUUUCAUAUUUGGCAAUGCUGCAGUUGUGUUUCAGAACUGUAGCAUAUACGCCAGGAAACCAAUGGCCUUCCAAAAAAACACCAUCACUGCCCAAAAUCGCAAGGACCCUAAUCAAAAUACAGGCAUAUCAAUCCACGCUUGCAGGAUCCUUGCCACUUCAGACCUCACACCGUUGAAAGGCAGCUUCCCGACAUUUCUCGGCCGUCCAUGGAAGCUCUACUCUAGAACUGUGUACAUGUUAUCAUACAUAGGCGAUCAUGUUCAUCCAAGAGGGUGGCUAGAAUGGAACACAACAUUUGCACUCGACACAUUAUACUAUGGUGAAUACAUGAAUUACGGACCCGGUGGGGCGGUCGGGCAAAGGGUUAAAUGGCCUGGGUACCGGGUCGUUACAUCGACCAUCGAGGCAAGUAAAUUCACCGUGGCACAGUUCAUUUAUGGAUCAUCUUGGUUGCCUUCUACCGGGGUGUCAUUUUUAGCUGGUCUCUCACUUUAAAUGACAUUUCUGUAUCAUAUAUGCAAGUGUUUUUGAAUUGCCAUAAAAUGGGUAUAGGCUUUUCUACUCUAAUUAAUUGCAAUUGUACGCCUGCAAGUGUUAGUUUCUCUGUUCGAUUUUUUCUUCUUUUUUUCUCGUAGUGUAAUAACCAUUUCAACAGCCUAUAAUGUUCCUUCCUUUACAGUUGUAACUCGUUAUUAUAAGUGCUAUAUAGAAAGUCAAUGAUUAAAUUGCUCUCUCUCUUCUAGCUUUUCAA